UGUUACCGUUACUUCCACUGGGACUGGUUCUAUCGAGACCACUGUCACUGCUCCAUUCACUUCUGGUGCUACUGUGAUUACUGUCACCGACAUAACUGUUACUAUCACCUCUACUUGGACUGGUACUGUCGAGACCACCGUCACUGCUCCAUUCACUUCUGGUGCUACUGUGAUUACCACUGUUACUGUUACUUCCACUGGGACUGGUUCUAUCGAGACCACCGUCACUGCUCCAUUCACUUCUGGUGCUACUGUGAUCACUGUCACUGA